AUGGACACCGAAUACAAGCGGAAACGGGUUGCCAAAGCCUGCCAGAGAUGCAGGUCCAUGAAGUCCAAGCGACCUCGCUUGCGGGCUGGAACAAGCGACCGCUUCAGCCCUGGUGUUUCCGAGGGUCUGCCAGACUUGCACGAUGCGAUACACCAGCAAGAAAGACUGCUCGACCAUGUCAUUUCCCUGCUUCCGUCUGGCCCGGAACAAGAGGCAGUCCUUUUAAAGAGCUCAAGGAUCAAAUCGCAGCUUGACAAUGUCAUCUCCAGCACAAGACCAGAAGUCACACCGCGCGCAGUGGCUAGCGACGCUUGUGGUAAAUCGCCAUCUAGCUACGCCGAUCGAUCUCCAGGCUAUUUGGGCGAGGUCAGCGACAUUCGCUUUGUCAACCUUGUCAAACAGUUUCUCCAAAACCAAGACGGGAGCACAAGGACACAAGAAGAUUUCGAGAGCUAUGACCAAGGCGAGAGUCUGGUGUCCCCUGACAAGGCUGCUUGUAAGACCAUCUUGUUGCCUGUCUUGGAGGAGGCUCAACAAUACAUAACCGCGUACUUUACAACGAUUCACAUCGCCUAUCCUUUCAUUCCUGAAUCACGAUUCAUGCAAGAUUAUAAGGCACUCAGAGACCAAGACAGCCCCCAGGCUCAGAAUGGUAGGAGCAACGUCAGGACCGCUCUAUUAUAUACUAUAUGCGCUAUUGGAGCUUACUAUAGAACAUUACCCGGUAAAGACGAAACUGAUGAUGGGCUACACGAGAAGUAUUUCCUGUGCGCCUUGACCUUGGCGCCAACUACCAACCUAGAACGUUCGCUUGGGCAGGUCUCUCUCCUUUUAGCGCGAUGUUUUUAUCUCCUGGUUGUGUGCAAAACAGAGAGCUGCUGGACAAUACUCGGACAAGCCGUUCGCGUAGCUCAAAGUAUUGGACUGCACGUAGAAAACGAUGAUAUAGACCAUACAAAACUCAAUCAUUCACUAGAGAUUGAAGAGCGACGCCGUGUCUGGUAUUCCAUCUAUGUAUUGGAUAGACUUCUCUCACUUCAGCUCGGGCGACCUCCCGCGAUUCACGAUGAUGACUUUAAUGUCCCAUUACCAGCACGAGCUAGUGACGCCGAGAUUGAUUGGACUAGAGAUGUUAUCGAAGAAAAAACUGACAACACUCCAUCCUCGGGCGAUUAUUUCCUCGCCGUGAUUGCCUUUUCAGGAAUCGUUGGCCGCGUCCUCCGAGGCCUGUAUUGCCCCCGGCGAAGCCAUUUCGCCUCGGGGGACCUGUUGAAUACAAAAGACCUCGAUAGGCAGCUGCUGCAGUGGAAACUAGCACUCCCACGAGUCCUCCGCUUUGAUUUGGGGCAUACAUUUGAGCAGUCGCACAUAUUCAGCAGACAGGCAUGUCCCUACACCUCUUGA